GGUAGCACGCUACACGACGGUGUGAAAUUUCGCAUCGCCUGCCUCUGUCAGGCUGCAGGAAUUCGCGAACAGCCAAAGUUCGUGGAGUCGAUCGAGCGAGAAGAAGCUGGUUUCGCGUACUCAAAGCUUGAAGGUGUUCACUGGAGCUGGCUACGCUGCAGGGAAGACCAUUACAACGCGCGAGUACAUGUCUCGUGGAGCUGCGUUCGCACUUCAUAAAGUGGUUGACAACGCGGAUGAGAGCAAUCCCACGUACUUUUUAUUCAGCAAGGCACACCCAAAGAAAGCGGUCGAAUUCCGGGCCGGAGGGACAGAGGAAUGGAGGAUAAUUUGCGACCCUCUCUUUGCCCAGAGAGCUUCGACCAUGGCAGACAAGCCGGGCGUGACUGUGCCACAACCACGAGUGAAAGCGGCAGGAAAGAAAAACACGGCCAUCAAUGAGGAUCAACCACGACCUGUAGACUUCGGAGAUACGUAUGUUGUUGCAGACUUCGGCGUGCCCACAAAGGGCCCCUGGACCAUCGAGGUAUCGUUGCAUGAUCCUGAAGAACGCCAACAGCAUGAAUCCUCCCAAGCCGCGACAGGUCAUCAGUGCACUGCGUUGGCCACGGAACUUUGCCUGCAGAUCAAAAUCUCGCGCAAGGCAUACGGGAAAGAGGUGAACGAGGAGUUAUUCACAAGCGUAUACGUCCAUGAUGGAAGCCAGUGCGCAUUCUUCUCCAUCGAAGACGACGACCAGAGGACCUUGCAGCGCAUCUUCGAGCCGGUGCGCAAGCCAAUGUCGGAGUCCCAGACGGAAACCCAGACGAAGACCCCAGCGCGCCGCGGAAAACGUCGUGCCAAGGGGUUCCGCGGCGUGCCAGCGCACAAGAUUCGUUCCGGAACCCAGAGACUCGCGCGGAAACACACUGCCACCGACUCGGAUGCAUCCCCUUCGGUUGUGCUACUGGAUUCGCCGGUUGAGCAGCCUGUGGAAACUGAGAUUAGCGUGCAGCUGGCAUCACUUCCUGACUCAUCCUUGAAUGAGGCUGUCACCCCAGUCGAUCUCAACCUUCUCGAAAUGCAGCCCAACACCGACACGCAUGAACUUUUUGAUCAUUCCGAAUUCAGUUUUGAGGUUGCCGAUGAUGUUGGGCAGACUCAAGUCCAAGGACUCGAGUAUCUGGAUUAUGUUCAGUCACACCAGACUCAGCAAAGUCAACACUUUGCCAGUACUGCCCAGCUCGACAGUGAAAAGGAGGACAGCAUCCUUAUUCAAGAGCCUCGGAUCAUCAGAGAUCCGAAGAGCCGCAAAAACGCCAACGCCAGACACGACAGUCAUGGCUCCUUGAUCAACAACGGUCAAAGCAACAACGCCACUCGAGUUGCCAGUAGGAGCGGAAGUGCCCAUGGAGACAACGUCAAUGUGAACAAUCCAAACAAACUCAACGCCGGCAACAUGGCCUCAAGGCCCCCGGGUGCCCAGGGGGACCCCAACACUGCGCGAGAGUUUGUCCAUGUCGCACAGUCAUACUACGCGGCGCAACGUGGCCCUCGAGUACCCGAGCCAGACAUGGGCAGCGGGAAAACGCCGGACCAGGCCCCAAGGGCGCGGAGCUCACAGACCAGUGUUGCGGUGUCAUCACCGGCACCACCCUCGUCCCUAACCCCCUCCUCUUUUCCCCCGGUUUCCUGCGUCACAUCGAAUUCCACUGUCACGGCUACCAGCUUCCCCGUCUCCUCUGUGCCACAGCCAAAUACUUGCACCGCCCUGUCGGCGCCAGUGUUGACGACUACAUCAGCACCACCCGCUCAGCUUCAAAGACUGCAUACGGACAUGACCGUCAUAUCACCCUCCUCUUCCUCCCACCAGCCCGUCCCUUCCGCCUUGCGAAGACCCAAGCCCACCCACGCCAGACGAGGAGGCGGAAACCACCCCCCGCGGUCCCCAAUCCAUAAGAGAAGGACCGCGCCAGCGAAUCCCUUGAGGCCCGUUCAGCACAAAUGAGUUUCGCUGCACUCUCUCAUCCAGCGUCCGUCUUGUCGUCCCGGCUUCUUUUCCUCUUGAUAUCAGCAGCGCACAGCGUGUUCUCAGCCCCCCUUUUGACUGUUU